UUGAAUUCACAAAAGCCUCUUACUCUCACUUUCCGUGACCCAAAGCAAAAUGCUGCAGAUGCAUCUCUGCCUCUGAAUAUAUAUAAAUAUAUUUUCACUGCUAUGCCGAAAAACCUUUGAUCCCACCAGCCACCACUCUCUCUCUCCGAUGGCCACUGUUACUUCUUCUUUCUCUUUCUCCACUCUCACUCAAUCUUCUUCGCCGAGGAACCUCUCCACACUCUCUUCCAAUUCACCAACUUUUCGCAUCCGCGUUGGUUUCUCCUGUCACUAUGUUGGAGUUCGAGCUUCCAAUUCCGCUUCCAAAAUAGUCGUUCGAUGCUCCUCUGCCGUCGCAGAACCUCCAACUGUUUCUGAGACAAAGUUAAAUUUUCUCAAGGCAUAUAAGCGGCCAAUUCCUAGUAUCUACAACACCGUGCUGCAGGAGCUCAUUGUCCAGCAACAUUUAAUGAGAUACAAGAGAUCGUAUCGCUAUGACGCCGUAUUUGCCCUUGGCUUUGUCACUGUAUAUGAGCAACUCAUGGAAGGGUAUCCAAGUGAUGAGGACCGAGAUGCCAUCUUCCAAGCAUACAUUCAGGCAUUGAAAGAAGAUCCUGAACAAUACAGAGUAGAUGCAAAGAAAUUGGAAGAGUGGGCUCGGGCCCAAAACCCCACUUCACUAGUAGAUUUUUCAUCUAGAGAAGGAGAAGUUGAGGGUAUAUUAAAGGAUAUCGCAGAAAGAGCAGGAGGAAAGGGGGAUUUCAGUUAUAGUCGUUUCUUUGCAAUAGGCCUCUUUCGUCUUCUUGAGUUAGCAAAUGCAAUGGAACCAACAAUUUUGGAAAAGCUCUGUGCAGUUUUGAAUGUCGACAAAAGAAGUGUGGAUCGGGACUUGGAUGUCUAUCGUAACUUGCUUUCUAAGUUGGUCCAAGCUAAAGAGCUUCUAAAGGAAUAUGUUGACAGGGAGAAGAAGAAAAGAGAAGAAAGGGCUGAACCACAAAAGUCUAAUGAGGCCAUUACACAACAACAGCAAUUUUCUAGCCUUUAGUUAUGGGGUUCCUCUGAAAUGAUCACCUUGUGAAGAUUUGGUAUUCUUGACUUGCUUUUUUUUUUUUUUCCGUCUGUUGGUCUGGGGCAUUCGUAAUCAGAGUGGGGCACUUCUAUCAUCAUGGUUUUACCUACUGUAUUUGGUGUAUCUUCUUUCAUGGUGAUCCAUCCAUCAAAGUCCUGCUUUAUGCUCAACCUCAAUUUACCUGUCUUACACAGUCGUGUAAUCUUUUCAUACAUGUAUUUUUUUUUCCACCACACAGUCGCAGAUGUAUUUUGUAGUUCUCAAGUACAUGCCUGCACAUGUUCUGGUAAUUGAAAUUCUUCAUAUUUCAGCAUCUCGCAUUUUCUGGGGUGGAUGUUUAGUUCACAUCCAUGUACAAAAUAAGGUUUCACAACCAGAAUAACAGUACGCAAAAUAUGCAUUUUAGAUUCAUGAA